AGCCCGACGACCUGUCAUGAUUCUUGAUUCAUUACAUGUCGGGUAAUUGCCCGCCUGCCCCGGAUCCUGCAUCGGCCUCUGCUUCUGUCUGUCUCUGUCUGCCUCUUCCUCUUCUUAGUCGCUCUCUCGUCUAGCCUUACUCUUACUCGCUUAGUCUCGCUUCCUCUCUCCUCUUCUUCCUCUUUCUCUACUUCUGCUUCCUCUUCCUCUCUUCUCUACUUCCCUUUUCUUCCUUCCCAUCGUAUAUCGUCUCUCUGCAAUGGCAUCAUGAUCACCGGCCCUACCGCCUCCCCCGGCAAUGGCGUGGUUGGGCCCUACUCAGGCAACAGCCUGGCCCUGCGCAUCGUCAUCGCUACCAUGGCCGCUCUAUCCUGGUAUAACGCCAUCGAACUGGUCAUUCUCGUCUUUGCGACCUUUUCCCAGUUUCGCGGUCCCUACUUCUGGUCUCUUUUGAUCUCCGCUCUCGGUCUAAUCCCCUACUCGGCCGGCUUUCUGCUCAAAUACUUCGCUCUCACGUCCGCUACCGCCCUCUCCAUCACCCUCAUUACCAUCGGCUGGUACGCCAUGGUAACCGGCCAAUCCGUGGUGCUCUACUCGCGCCUGCAUCUCGUCCUCCCCAACCCCAAAGUCCUCCGCCGCGUCCUCACCAUGAUUAUCGUGGACGCCUUCCUCCUACACAUCCCCACCUCCGUCCUCACCUAUGGCUCCAACCUCUCCUCCCAUCCAGCCAUCUUCAUCUCCGGCUACAACAUUAUGGAAAAGAUCCAAAUGACCGGUUUUUGUCUGCAAGAAUUCAUCCUCUCCGUCCUCUACAUCUGGGAAACCAUCCGCAUGCUCCGCCUCGAUCCCGACCGCGGCAAACGCAAAAUUAUGUACCAGCUCGUCGCCAUCAAUCUGAUCAUCAUCGCUCUGGAUUUGGGACUCCUCGUCAUCGAAUAUCGCGACCUCUACAUCCUCGAAACCAUGAUCAAACCCGUCAUCUACAGCGUCAAACUUAAGCUCGAAUUCGCUGUCCUUGGUAAACUCGUCCUUCUUGUCCGCAGCACUCACAACCUCACCUGGAAACCUGAUUCGCCGCUGUAUGCUGCCGCCUCGCCUGUAACUAUCCCGCCGCAGAUCCCGUGCCGCAACGGCGACAUUGUUAACGGCAUUUUCAACAACAACAACAAUGACUUGCCCGACUUCGUCGAUGCCACGCGCGUCCCCUCAGACCUCAACCACGCCGCGGCCGGCGCCGCACCCCGUCGACGGCCCCCGCCCCGCAUGGACUCGGAGGAACUCUCCAUCGCCAUGUUCGAGCACUCCGAGAGCGGUGGUGCGGGGACGGGCAAUAUCUUGAAAAGUGGGAUUGGUCGAGACCGAAGUUUUGACCGAGAUAAUGGCCAUAGUCUGGAUCUCCCACCCACGGGACACUCGAACGGCUCGCAAUCGUGGAGUGGGGAGACACAGACGAAUAACUCCGCCACGGAGCGGGAAUUAAGUCCGUUGGACUUUACCAAGCCGUUUGGAAGGCAGGAUAGUGGGAGUAGUUUCUAAGCUGCUAUGACGAUGAUGAUAUUGAUGAUGAUAAUGGUUUGAUGAAUUGAUGAUUGCCUUUUUUGUACAGUACUGACAACCCUUCUGACUACUAACAUUGUGUGUGUGCAAUAGUUAGUAGUUGUUGUGGUUUGGUUUGGUUUGGUUUGGUUGCCUUUGCGGAGAUACCCGAUACGAUACCCACUUUUGAUUAUCUUUACUUUUUAACAUUAGCCGUGGGUGGGAAUCGAUCCAUGGGACGGCGUUUAUCUUUCUUUUUCACAUAUUUGAAUUGAGUAUAUAAUUAUAUAGUUAAAUACAUAAAAUAAAU